UGUCUGCAGAGAGAGGUUGUGAAGGAGUGAUUACACUGGGAGAAGGAGUUGCUGGAUCCUAAAGAUGCUUUAGAAAUUGGAUUUCUGUGGACAGCUUGGGAUGCUUGAGAACUGUCUCUCAAAGACCACCUUUUACAUCUAAAACUUUGAACAGUAUUUCUUACACUGCCCUCCCCUUUCACAGGGAUUAGGUGACCUUUCUGGUUGUCCGGUUUUAUAUUGUAAAACUAAACCAUACUCUGACUUCUGGGGGUGUGUGGGAGCUCUGGACGAUGCUCUCCCUGUGGUUGUUCCUAUUCCCUUGCCUGAGCCUUGUGCCUCUGGCCCCGGCUGAGAAGGGCCUGGAGUUCCCAAAGUAUGAUGGGAAGGACCGUGUCCUGGACAUCAAUGACAAAAACUACAAGAAAGCCUUGAAGAAGUACAGCAUGCUUUGCCUGUUCUACCAUGAGCCCAUACCAGACAGCAAGGAGCUACAGAAACAACACCAGAUGACUGAGCUGGUGCUGGAGCUUGCAGCUCAGGUUAUGGAAGAGAAGGACAUUGGAUUUGGAAUGGUCGACUCACACAAAGAUGCAAAAGUGGCAAAGAAGCUCAGUUUGGAAGAGGAAGGCAGUGUAUACGUCUUUAAGGCGGAUCGGGUGAUUGAGUUUGAUGGCUUGCUCUCUGCUAACACCCUGGUUGAGUUUUUGUUGGAUCUACUGGAGGAACCAGUGGAGGUGAUAGGAAAUGCUUUGGAGCUGAGAGCCUUUGAUAGGAUGGAGGAGGAGAUCCGCCUCAUCGGUUACUUCAAGAGCGAAGACUCUGAGCACUAUGAAGCAUUUAAAGAAGCUGCAGAGCAGUUUCAGCCCUACAUCAAGUUCUUUGCCACAUUUGAGAAGUCUGUGGCCAAGGAGUUGACUCUGAAGCUGAACGAGGUGGAUUUCUAUGAACCCUUCAUGGAGGAGCCUGUCACCAUCCCAGGCAAACCUCACUCUGAGGAGGAGCUGGUGGAAUUCAUAACAGAACACAGACGACCAACUCUGAGAAAGCUGCGUGCAGAAGAUAUGUUUGAAACCUGGGAGGAUGAUAUCGAGGGCAUCCACAUUGUGGCUUUUGCAGAGGAGGAGGAUCCUGAUGGCUAUGAGUUCUUGGAGAUCCUGAAGGAGGUGGCCAGGGACAACACUCACCUUCCUGACCUCAGCAUCGUCUGGAUUGACCCUGAUGACUUUCCCCUGCUGAUCCCCUACUGGGAGAAGACCUUCAAGGUGGACCUGUUCAGACCACAGAUUGGAGUAGUCAAUGUUACAGAUGCCGACAGCGUGUGGAUGGAGAUGGAAGAUGAGGAGGAUCUGCCCAGCGCACAGGAGUUGGAAGACUGGAUCGAAGAUGUGCUCUCUGGCAAAGUCAAUACUGAGGAUGAUGAUGAAAUGAUGAAUGAUGAUGAUGACGAUGACGACGAUGAUGAUAAUGAUGAUGACGAUGACAAUGAUGAUGAUGAUGAUGAUGAUGAUGAUGAUGAUGGUGAUGAAGAUGAUGAUGAAGAAGAUGACGAAGAUGACGAUGAUGAUGACGAUGAUGAGUAAUUUAUGAGAAUAAUAAAUCUUGACUCCUCAGUUGAACAUGGACUUGAACAACUGUAAAGUAACUUUUCACAUAGAAAUUAUUUCAAAUGUACUGAAUAUGUGCUUGAUGAUAAUAUCAAUGAGUCUAUUUAAUAUCCAAAAAUGUCAUUUUUUGACACUGUAAAUAAGCCUGGAAUGGGUUUUGGGAUUAAAAAUAAGACAUACA